AUGUGGCGAAAAAUCAAAGAAGUUUUAUGCAAACAUGUUUAUAAAGAUGAAUCAUCUCAUCAUCAAACAGCCGUAUCACAGAUUGAUUUACAUUCUCAAGGAGAAAAUUCUUUUUCUUCUACUAACGAAUCAUCAACAAAAAUAUAUCCAUCAUCAAUAAUCGUUCAUCAUUGUUCACAGCAACAAAAAUCUAAAACAUAUGAUAGAACAACAAAUAAAAUAACCAAUCAACAACAUCAUAUCAAUAAAUUAAAUUCUUCAAUAAAAACUGCUGAACAAUGUCGAUCAUUAUUUGAUCUUCUACCAUCGUUUCGACGUCGAAAUUCAAUAACAAAAACAAUUGAUUGUAAUUCUGCUGUCAAUACAUCAUCAAUUUAUACAACCGAUUAUGAUUCUGGUUAUAUGAGUCAAAGUGUUUUAAAUCGAACAUCUUCAUAUGUGUCUUGUCAUUCAGCAAAUGGAAUAGAUAAUUCAACAAUGUCAACACCACCACUAGCAAAAGGAAUUGCAGAAAAUCGAAAAGAAUAUUCAAAACGAAAUGGUUCAAUAGAAAAUAUUCUACAUGGUCAUACGAAAAUAAAUCCGGCUAAUCUCAGAAUAUUGGUUCGAAAAAAUUUUGAACCAUUUUCACAAUCUCAAAAACAAAUUCGAGUCAAAAAAGAUUCAUGUGUAAUUGCCUUGUAUUCUCGUGGUCCAUGGUUAUGUAUACAAACUGCAAAUGGUGAUACUGGCUAUAUACCACGAAUAAUUUGUUCGUUACAUCCCAAUCGUUCCAAAAAUGCAUACAUGAGCAAUAAUUCAAAUUCUUCAAAUCAUUAUUCAUUGUCCUCAACAUCAUCGGGGACCUCGUCGUUAUCAUCUCGAGGACAAAUGAAUUUAGUUAAUGAUAGAUCGAGUGAUAAUGACGUUCUUGAUUUAACAACUGUAUUGCCAGAUCAACCAGAACAAUAUCAACAGCAGCAACCAACACAUUAUUGGACAGCAACGUCUUUAUCUUCAAUUUAUGGCAAUUUACAACCAAAACCAUCUCAUCGACAGAAAAUAACAGCUAUUUCAAAACGUCAAUUAUUAAAUGAAAAUCGUCCUGACAUGAUGAUCGGUAAUUGUGAUAUAAAUCGUUAUAUUUCAAGAAGUUCGUCAUUAAUAAAUAAAUCUCAUCCACCAAAACCGAUUGUCGUAUCGACUGGUGAAACUUUUAUUAAUCAAAAAUUACGAGAUAUGCCCAAUAACGAACGACAUAUAAAUACACGUAUUUUAGCAUCAAAUAAGCAAUCAAAUUCUCGUCGUUCAACAAUCGGUUCUUCACUAUUUUCAUUAAAUUGUGCUACUGUACCCGUGACGAAAAGACCACAACAACAACUUCCAGAUGAAAAUUAUAAUAAACGCUAUGAACCAGUUGAAAUUCAUGAAAUUGACAACAGGAAAUCUAAUUUGGAAUUAAGUAACAGACAACAACAACAAUCGCCUCAAUUGUUUGUACAACCACGCGAUACCGAUUCGUCAAGUACUCAAGAUUCAGGAUUUUCAGAGCCAUAUUUUCUUGUAGAUGGAACUAAUUAUCAACAAUUUAGACAAAAGAAUUUAUUAAACUCACUACCACAGAGUAUUAACAAUGAUAAUGUUCUUCAACAACAAGAACAAAACACAGUUUCGUAUGAUAUAUUGUCUAGAAACUCAAAAUCAAUCAGUUCUUUAAAAGUGCCAUCAUCAAACACCGUACCAUCGACAUUUCCUUCAAAUAAAGUAGAUAAUAAUAAUGGAUAUCGUUUAGGAAGAAGUAAACGUCACACUUUAAUCGAUGGUGUUCAUUUAAACAAUUAUUCACAUAAUGACUCAGUCGUUAAUAAACGACAUUCAUUUGGUGCAUUUCAACCGGAAGAUGAUGCAACGAUUUCUUUUAAUGGCGAUAAUGAACAUCAUCAAAUACGCGUACCAUCUGUCGAUUGUAUGCUUAAACCACAUACAUCGGAAAUGGCUUACAUUCGAACGGUGAACGAUAAAUAUCCUCAAGUUACACUUCGUUCGAAACCACGUUCAAAUCAACAACGUUUACUCGUGAAAAAGGAUGUGUCAACACUUACACAAAGUUUAAAUCGUUUAGAAGACAUGAAUAAGAAUUAUGAACACAACGAAGAAGAAUUAUUAAAUAGAAAUAAUCGUUCAAAUUUAUGUUUAGCUAUGCCAAAAAGUCAUGAUCAAAUACCAACAAGAAUAAUUUUAACUCAUCAUCGACAUCAGGCAACAAUUGAAAAAAUGAUCACGGCAUCAAAACAACGACAAUCGAAACCAAACACUAGUCUAUCGUCCUCAUAUCAAUUUGGUAGUUCACAUAGUGCAUUUCGACCAGUUAAACCAAAUCACAAUAUACGUGCAUCAAGCGAAGGACAUUCUCCAGUCGAUCAUCAAUUAUCUUUUUCAUCUUCAUUAUCUACAUCUAGUUCGAUUUCUACUUCCUCCACAUCACUAAAAAAUACCGAUGAUGCACUUACUGUCAUCAAAAAGAAACCACAUUUAAUUCUAAAAUGCGAUCCCAAACGACGUUUAUCAUGUGAUGUUUCGUUAAAUAAUACUAAUAAUAAUAAUUUGAAUAUAUCAUUGAUGGAUAAUAUUAGUUUAACACAGUCAACAUACGAUAAUGUUGCUGUAGACAGAAAUACUAAGUCGAGUUCGACCAUGAUCGGACCAAGUCCGUUUAUCCGUACAAUGAGUGAUAUAUGUGAUAAAUUUAGCGAAUUGAAUAUUGAUGAAAUAGAAAAAGAUUCUUUAAACCCAAUUCCUACUUAUCGAACGAAGAAAUUAGAACAAAAUCAAUUAUUACUAAAAAUGAUGGUUAUGAAUAAAAAUAAGAUUGGGCAAGGAAAAACAUCACUUAUUCCACAAAAUAAUGAUUUAAUAAAAAUAUUAAAAGAUUAUCGUAAUCCACGCUCAAGUUUCUCGGUAAAACGUGGUGAUUAUGUUUGUCUUCUCAAACAAGUGGGUAAAGCGUGUUUUCUGGUACGAAAACAUAACGGACAAAUUGGUUUUUUACCAAAAGCUUUGAUGGGUAUAGAAACAAAGACAAUUGAUGCGUUUUUACAAAUGCACGGUUAUAGGGAAACAGUCAUUUAA